UUAUUUCAACACCGAUUACGAAUUGCUACGCACACCGCAUUCAAGUAACAUAUUGUAACAGUUUUGAAUUAGUCUAUAUAUUUUUUUUCGACUGGAGAUGGCGCUCUGUUAGCACAUCCGGGUUUAGAACGAAAGUAAACGUAACAUCCUGAAAAUGACAUCGACCUACGGUCUUACGCCUGUACAAGUAGAAGAGUUUCGACAGGCUUUUAGGUUAUUCGAUAAAGACGGCGACGGCACAGUGUCAACCAAUGAACUUGGAGUAGUGAUGAGGUCAUUAGGUCAAAAUCCAACCGACGAAGAGUUACAUGCUAUGAUCAAUGAAGUUGAUGAGGAUGGAAAUGGGGAAAUAGACUUUGACGAAUUUUUGUCGAUGAUUGCUAAAAAGAUGGGGGAUAUUGAUUCAGAGGACGAUUUAAUUCAAGCUUUUCGGAUUUUUGACACAAAUCGAACCGGGUACAUUACAUCACAGGAGUUCAGGGAAGUCAUGAUGAAUCUUGGAGAACGGCUGUCAUAUGAUGAGGUCACAGAAAUGAUAAUAGCAGCAGACAAACAUUCCACGGGAAAAAUCAAUUAUGCAGAGUUUUGCGCAUUGUUAACAAAGUAAAUGAGAUGCUCUAUCCUCAAAGAAGCAUCUUACGAAACUGACGUGUUACAAGAGAAAUAUGGAACCUGCUUACAAAGAGCAAAGUUGGUAGAAUGAAAAUGUAAUGAUGGACAGUAGAUGUAAAUACUUUCACAAACAUAACAUGAGUAGAAAUAUUUAUGUAGAUGAAAUGUUAAUUUGUGGUUUACGGUUUACAAUAUUCAAAUGUACAUAUAAUUUCAAACAUUACACAUGCCAUUCAACGUCAUUUUUUUUCUUUUGAAAAUACAUGUAAUGCAUUCAAUUUAAUCAAGAUGCAUUCCAUACCAGCUGAAAUAGAUCUUGUCGCCUUGCCAUAUCUUUCAUUUGCAAUGUGUUUUGGUAAUGGCUGAACAAUUGUGAUUAUGACAUUUUUCAGUAUUUGCCUUUUUGUAAUCGAUCAAACGGAGGAGACGAUUUUUUAUUACAGAGAUAAAAUGUUAGAUAAAAUUACAGAAACAGAAUGUUACACUAAAACAAUUUGUAUAGGGUUGUUGCACACAAGAAUUAAAAAAAAUUGUCUCGAUAAGACUACCAAAUUGUACGAGAAUAUUGUGAUUAAAAAUGCUUUGCCUCGAUAUAUGUAUAUAAAUCUCGUGCAAUACAGUAUCAUAUAUGUUAAUACAAUAUUAAAACCAUAAUAUGACUUUCUUCAUUUCUUCCAAACUGUUUUUUUAACAACAACGACUGUAGCUCUAUUUCUGCCAUGUUUUUCUGUCUUUUUUUUUUUAGAAGUACAACAUCGUUUUUAGUUAAAAAAAAAACAACUCUCUAGAGUCGACCAGACAAUAAGGAAGAGUGCAAAUUAGGGAAAUAAUUUUCCGGCAUGCACUGUGUCUAACGAUUCAGAAUACUAGGUCUAUAACGUUAUCAUCCAAGAAUGACAAGUACAAGCAGCACUUCGUAUUGUGUUUUGAUUUUGCAAACAAAAUCUAUGGGAAAUAUUUUUGCAAUAAACUAUUGAAAUAUCAAUCUAUCUUAUAUGUACUCACGUCUUUAUCUUUUAAUGUUUUUACUUUAAUUUUGAAAAUAGUAAAAAAAAAACUUUACAAGAGAAACUUAACGUUUUGCAAAAGAUUGUCGUAUGUAGUGUGGAUUUUUGGGAUUCUAUGAAGAUCAUAAUCAUAGAAUUUUGUGAUAUGUGUAAGAUUUAUUUCAUUCUUUUUUCUUUUUCAUAAGUAUCACAUAUUUUGAACUUAUAAUGUCGGAAAUUUGAAGCCACUAAUGAGUGGCCCGUAGAUACAUUUAACAUGGAAGUAUUGUAUGUGUUUAUUUAAAUGCACAUCAAAAUAUAAUAAAUAAUUAUGUAACAA